UCCUCUCAGCCUUCACAAUCCUUACUAAAAUCACAUCCUUUAGACAGAAGGGGGGGUUUAUCUUAAAAUUACUUGUGAUUUUAACCAAAUAAUCUCUGCAGUAUACUAUGAAGUGAGAUUCAGACAAUUUCAUACAGUUACAAAAGUAAACUAAGGUCGAGUUAAAUUCUUCACAGGGCUCGACAGACAGUCUAAAAACUGUGAAAGAGACAUUUAAAGUGUAUUUUAGGAGCAUUGUAGAGUUUGUCUGAGACACACACGGACAUCUGGGACGCCCAGCACCCCGCUGCAGAAUGGAUCUCCCUCCAAUCAGAGGUUUAUCUGAUGUGCCGUGAACAUUGGGAGCACCGGCCUUCAGCCCUGGUGCCACCCAGCCUGUCUCACCAAGAUGGACCAUGCUCGUUCCUACAGGGUGGAGUUGGACAGCAACGACCUCCAGCAUGUCCCAGUGCUGUCGCUCAACCAGAUACGUGCCCUCCGGGGCAACAAUGACUAUGUGGACAGGCCUGUGGCUCUGGAACCGGCAACCCAGUCUGGAUUUUUUUAUCCCCAUGAUGACGGUUACCCUCAAGGAAUAUACUCCCACUCCCCUCAGUCAGCCUUCAAUUCAGUCCUGUCUCGCAGCCAAAGUCAGCAGCAGCAUGCUCACCUUGCCCACCUGAGCCGAUCCAGUACCAUAAGCUCUUCCGCGUCAGACCAGCGUCUGCUUGCAGGUUUGACCUCGUCUCAUUCUGGCCUUGGUUCUGUGGUCCGAUCUCAGCCUAAAGGAGAACUCAAGCCUGAUGCUUCUUUUGGUAAAGGCCUGACGGAUGAUGAGGCCGAGCUAGGCCUCCAUUCAUUCAUCUGUGAGCGGUGUGGUAGCUGUAAGUGCCACGAGUGCUGCGCGCCUCGCCGCCUGCCUUCUUGUUGGGCCUGUGGACAGCGUUGUCUGUGCUCAGCUGAGAGCGCAGUGGAGUACGGCACCUGCCUCUGCUGUGUAAAAGGCCUGUUCUACCACUGCUCUGCCCAGGAUGACGAGGAUAACUGUGCUGAUCGUCCAUGCUCCUGUGCUCCAGCUCAUGCUUGUGCUCGCUGGGGCACCAUGGGGCUACUGUCGCUCUGUCUGCCCUGCCUCUGCUGCUACCCCCCUGCCAGGCUGUGCCUUGCCAUGUGUCAGUGUGCCCACGACCGCGCCACACGCCCCGGCUGCAGAUGUAGCAACACCAACACUGUGUGCCGCAAGAUUUCCGCCUCAAAUCCGAACCCUGGUCACCCCGCACUUCGCAGCAAGGCCCUGGGGAAGCCAUUAUGACAGGCCUAGAUAGGGUCCAGGAAAACCCGUCUCCCCUCAGACGUCGCCAAAGCAAUGCUGUCACCAACAGUGCCACAGCUGACCCUCCUACCUACAUUCAACAAGCCAACCAAUCAAUCGACCGUGAAGUGUUGUUCACCUUAUGUACCUUGAAUUUACUUCUUCUCCAGCUCAGGAGGGACCAAAGCUUUAUUGUGCCUGUUCAUGUUGGAGUCUUAAUGCCUGAAACAGAAAACUACUCCCUCAGAAGGAGAAGUUGUCAUGCUUUGCUGGACUGCCCUUCAACCUUAACCAAGACUCACAGAGGAAACCUUCUCUGUCUGCAUUCUGUGCUGUAAUCUGGUCGCGUUUCCUUAUUUAUUGUUGAACCUCUUUCUUCCCCAGCGUUUGCAAAGAGAACUCACAGAGCACAGAGAUGGGCGUUGGACCAAAUCAUGGAGGAAAGAUGCCUGUGGUGAUGUGUGUGGUCUCUGCCAACAGAGUUUCUGUCCUCUAGAACGAGAGAUUCAGACGAGGCAUGGCAGGCGAGGACUUCAAUCACUAUGACAUUCACAAAUUUCCUCAAACAGCUGAACAUGAAUGAAGAAAACCGACAUUGCGCUUUGGUGAUUAUCAGACUGGGACAAAGCACCGAGGCAUGGAGCGAGGAAAUAGACACUUGUAACACACCCGUAAGAACAGUUUGCAACCAAAAAGGGGCCGUGCACUGUACAAACUGAGUGAAUUCAACGCUCUUAAGCUCAUUUGUAAAGGAAAAGCACUGUGAGGUAGAGGGACGAUGUUUUCCCGAGCAGCCCAGAGCUGAAUGGAACCAGAGGGAGGGUGCAUCCAUUGUGACUAGGCAGCGUGUGCGUGUGUGUGCGUGUGUGUGUGUGUGUGUGUGUGUGUGUGUGUGUGUUCUCCUACUGUACAACCUGUGUGUGUAGAGCCUGUGUGUGUGUUGUUUUGUCAGCAGAAGAAGCCUCCCUUGUCUUAUUUUUAGCAGUGUGCUACAGUGGAGCUCUGAGGGUCUGGUCAGGUUUCCUCCUGAAGUCAGUCUGUCGCCAUCCUCCCUCCUCUGACCGACCUCCUUCACUUCUGCCCCACCUUCUCCUUCUCUCCUCCCAUCCUCACAUCAAAUUCUCCUCUCUCUCACUAGAACCAAGGCUGUUAGCUAACUCGUGCAGCAGAUAAAAAAGCAGUUUCAAAUUCUGGUACCUGACGAACGAGUAAUGAUGCUACCAUAGAGGUGCAGGAAGAUGAUACUACUUCCUGGUUUGAGCACACAUUUCUUAAACUGCUUUAAAGAUAACUUACUCUCACUCAAUCAAACAAAAGUUUAGUUUCAAGAGAAUUAUCCAAAGGUGAUCUUGGGAUUUCUUUGAGCUCUUGCAGAUCUACUUCUUUUGAUUCAGGGGCCAUAUUUACAAAAAAUCCAAUUAGACCGAUCAGUUAUCAUCUAAGGAGACUGAAACCUGUCAGGAACAGCUGAUAUGUUUUAGUUUACAGUGUAGACAAGGAUAAGAAGCAUAAUACGGCUUAUUGCAAAGAGGGUUUCACAUACAAGGAGUUAAAGCAGAUGGUGCAAAAGAGCUACACGGCUGCACACAAAUUGGAGACUCUGCUGAAUGCAUGCACAUUAUUACUCAGGAAGACAGUUAAGUCCUGCAACUCAACUUGUGGUUUAAUGAAAGCAAAGCAUAUCUGCAAAAGCCUCACACAAUAUUUACUCUUCACCUGGAUUAUUCUCUGUGUGCAACCAAAACCUCUUGAAACAUGAAAAGUCAAUACUGCUUGGACAACAAGACUGAAACUAGAACACUUUAGACGACAAACUCUUGCACCCUGCUUUCAGAUUCUGCCCUCACAUGCCAGUUUCUGUUUUAUGGAGCUGUUUGAUCCAGAGGAUACAGCUCAGGGGUUUAACACUCCCUGACAGGCUCAAUCUUUGGUCAUGCCAGUUCUUGUAUUCACCAAAAUGUAAUUCAUUUAACUUUUACAUUUAAAACUAACACAAAUGUUUCGGUUGCUCAGGUUAGAUUAGUUCUAGUUGCUGGUUGCUUUAGUACUUUUACUGUUUGUUGUUCAGUGUAAUGUGCAAAAUCCGUAAAAAUAUCAGAGACUGGGGGACUAGAACCAGCUCAAUUGGCUCAGUUCUUAGGGUAUUGAGAUUGCUCAAGAGCUUUAUGAGCCUGAUGAGGCUCAAGGCUUCCGCAGAAGAAAACCCCAAGGACCACCAGAGAGCCAGACUGCCAGGAUGCCCACUUAUUUCAUGCUUUUCACAGGACAGACCAUAAAAAUCCUCCAGCACAUGACCCAGAUAGAUAAAGUUUAUGACUUCCUUCUCUUAUCCUGUUUUGAAAUCAUCACAGCACUAAAAGAAAAACAGCCUCAACCAAACCAAAAGCUCGCUGACACAAGGCGAAUCUUUCCCAGACACCCAUCUAUCCCCUCCUGCCUCAUCCGCCUCUCCUCUUACGCUCAGAGGGCUAAAAGCCUCCAGCCCCUGGUCCACAGAGAGUUGAUCAAACAGGCAAUUAGCUUCAUGAUAGCUCUUAAUGGGCCGGAGAAGAAUGGAGCGUGGGAGGGAGGGAGGGAGGAGGGAAGUGAGGGGACAGGAUGAGUUGGGUUGUGGUGUUUGGCAGAUGGACAGAUGAUGGGGAGAGAGAGGGAUACUGGGAGGAAAAAGAAAGGUUGAUGUCAUCAGUAAGUCUGAUGGAGAGUAUGCAUCGCUCCUUCUGAACUUUUUCAGCUCUGCAGGUGAAAUUUACCAUCAACAAAUGUUCAGUCUGAUCCAAAACAACACACGCAGCGUCAGGUUUGUGCACAAGUGUGUGUGUGUGGUGGUGUCUGUAUGUGUAUGGGCUUCUGUGUAUGUGUGUAUGUCUGUGAGGAUAAGUUAGCACAAACACACAAGUAUACUUGAUUUGUUAAAAGUUACUUUGCUAUAUUUUUAUAUGUACAUAUGGGCUGUUAACUGUUUAAUUAUUUUUAAUCUGCUUUAUUUUGUUUUGAUGACACUGAUGUUAACACGGCUCUUUUCCAUUAUAGUGAAGAUUUCCUUUUUAUCGCACACACAUGAUCGAGUCAGGAACUUUUGGGGCAACUUUGACGAUUAAUGAUAAUCAUUCUUCUUUAGACAAUCACGCCAUCAUGUCUUGCAGGGUGUAAGGAUUUAUUUUAAGGUCUAGAUUUAGAUGAUCCACUGCGAUUCAUGCUGUUCCACGUGACAAGACUUCUGCUACAGAUGUGGUGCAGGAUAUGAUGUAUGAACUGGCUGAUGUGGAGCACAAUGAUGCCUUAUGGAUGCUUAUAAAGGGCUCUUAAACUGACAGAACUGCUGUGCAGAUAAUAAGGCAGUGUUACUUUAUAAUCUUUAUCCAUGCAUCCAUAGACCUUUGGUGUUCUAAUUUGAGUACUGUGUUGGAGUUGUUCAAUUUCUGGGCCAAAAUGAUCUGUAGCCUUCUUCUAGAGGGAAUUGAGAGAAGAAUCUUCAUGCAGACAUUGUUUUAUUGUGCACCCAAAUGGUUACAGAGUAGAAUUCACUCCCUUACCAACAACUAGAAGCUAAUCUGAUGUACUGUACUCUGCAUCUAGCUGGAUCACCUUCUCUUGUUUUCUCACUCUGCUGACUGCCUCUGUGCAUCCUUUUUGGUCCUCCUUGUCAUCUGGACUGGCAAUAUUGAACUAAGACCAGUAAUAACAGUCAGCUUGAUAGACAAACAAUAAGCGGUACAAAUAUUGAGAUCUGCAGCACUCUGGAUCUAUAAAAAUGUCAUACAAACCAGCCAAUGCCCCAGUUUCAAAGAUGUGAUAUGGUGUACCAAGGUUUUCCGGUGUUAUUUCAGCAUACCGUGCAGUCAUGCAAGACUGACAUCCUGACCUUUUACCUUUCACAAGAGUAACGUUAGCUUAGGUGGCUGAUCAGGUAGCGUUAGCAAGCUCACGGUGAGAUAACAGCGACGUCUGAGAUCUGUACGGCAAUCUGCAGUUACUACUUCAGAAAUUGUCUGAACACUAAGUCUGGAAAGAGGAAGUUUAAAUCCAAUCGUCUUGUUAGAGUGAGAUUUACUUUUACAAACUAUUAAAUGAACACAUGGUGCACUCCUUGCUAAAGAUUUUACUGAGUAUUAAGGAGCAGGAGCAUUUUAGGAUCCUGAAGAAGGAUUUAAAGAGGCACUAUUCUAGAUUCUGUAAGUUUCAGCUGCACAAGUCAAGACUCAAAUGUUCAAGAAAUGGUGGGACAUGUUUGCAGGCCCUCAAAUCCAGACUUCAAAUCUGGAAAUAUAAACUGUUAAUGCAUAUAUUAACGUAUGCAUAUUGUUUAUUUUCAUCUGUAGAGUAUAAGCAGCAAGUCAGGAGUGGUGAAAAAGGCUUUAGAUGUUUUAUUUUGUCUCAUGUUGCCCUAAAGGUUUCUGAUCUGAUCACAGGUUUCACUUGCUGAGGAAGACACGUUGAAUUUAAUCAUGGCUGCUUUUUAUUGGAGUGUUGCAACUUUCACCACUUUAAGUGAAACACAUUGCUUUAUAAAUAUUAUUAACAGCAUUGGCAACCAAAAGUCACAACCUUAGUUUCGGACACGCAUUAUUAAAAGUCAUUGACAUCCACUUUGAUGCUGAUGAAUCUGAAAACUCUUCUUCCACGCUGAGAAUAAAUGCAAACAGCGCUGUUGCAGCGUAGACAAAAGGAGAAACUGAUCUGAUCAAAUCUGCUGAGGUGGUUUUGUCAUGGGAGACAUGUGAUCAGUUUCUGGCUCGUUCAAUCCUGCAUGCAUGCUCUUUUAAUGUCCGACAACGCUGCAAAGAGAACUCUGAGAGAGACGCUGGUUUUCAGAUUCACCUGCAGCAUUGUGGUCAUGGCCUUAGAUAUGUUUUGCACACACACCCACACCCACACCCACACACACACACACACACACACACACACACACACACACACACACACACACACACACACACACACACACACACACACACACACUGUCUCCUCUACAUUAGCUGGAUGACUUCGGUCACAUCUUGGUGCUCGGGGGAGAAACUUGAGGAACUUUUAUUUGUACCAGAUUGUUUUCUAUCUGAGCUGAAUGAUGUGAAGAGAACAGUUGCAUACUUUUUUUUUAACUUGUUAUGUUUCAUCUGUGUUCAGAGUAACAAAAAAUAACCACAAUGACAGCCGUCCAAAUAUAACCUUUUUAGUCUGCAACGCUUUGAACAAACUGCAGAUACACAGAGUGGGAAGCUGGGGUCCGGAGUCAUCAAAUGAAAAAGACUUUUAUUCAAAUGUAUUGAUUUUUAGGAAGGAUUGUGUCAGAGUUUAUGAUUUAAAUGCAAACAUGUGCAUUAUGCUCAUGUUAAAAGUUGCUUAGAAACACUUGUGAGGAAGCAGACCGUAGAAAGUUGCAUCCUGUAUCAUCAAAUUAAAAAGAAAUAUUAGGUUCUUCGGUAAGAUUCAGGGGAAAUGAAGUAAAGCUGUUCGAUAAAAGAGGGGUCAGAUGUUAGUACUUUUUUAAACUAGUGUGCCGCUACACUGUGUGUAUCUGUGCAUUUGUAAACAAAGCGUUUCAGAUUAUCAAAUCUUUAAGUUUUGAGAUUCCCCAGAUUUUUCCAACCGACCUCCCUCAGGACCGGAGCUUACGUCAGGACCCUGUCUGAUGCUGUACGUACGCAGGCUGCCACUAUAACCAGUAAACUUCUCCUCCUGUGUCUUAGCAAGCAUCGCUUUUGGUACAAAUUGGCAUCCUGUAUGUUGUAAAAGAGUUUAAGGAGAGUAUAUGGAACAAAUAUAUAUAGAAAUCUAUCUAAAAUGAAUAUAUUAUAUAUGGAACAGUAUGCAUUUCACACUUUCUGUUUCACUGCUGGUAUUGCUUCAUGGAUAUUUAUUUGAAUGGUUGCAACAACGGCGGUUACAUGAAUCACAAGGAUGGUGUUUAUGAGUGGAGUAUUUAUUUUCAGGGAAGAUGACGAGCACCGAUGUUGUUGUUGUUGUUUGUCUUUUUCAUUCUGUUUAUUUGUUCCUCUUGGUGUGGUGUGGCUGCUGCUACCCUCCUGGCUAAAGAUGAACCAAUAAAAAUGAGUUUCCAAACUGA